CCGGGCGGUCAAUCGCAGGCUUGGGCUUGUGGCGUUCGGUCCCAAAAGCGCUGCUCGUGGCCGUUCGUGCCGUUCAAAGCCUGGGGAUGCCACCUAAACCCGAUCUUAGCGGUCGCCCAAGCCACAAGUUCAAACAAGAUGGAGGGGCAAUUUGUUCGAUGACGGCGACGCCCACUAUAACUCCCAAACACUCAGACUGCCACUCGAAGCCGUCCUCGUUUCAGUCUCUUUACUGAAAAGAUCGCCAUCCACAACCCUUUUACGAAAAAUCGAGUCAACACGAGUAACUCGUACAGAACCGAAUUAUUCCAUUUACAGCAACCCCUGGCGCCUUAGUAACCAACGCGCGGUAAAAGUCUCUUCGCCCCACGCAAUCAACACCAACCACUCAUUCAUUCAUCCAUCUCCCAUCCAAUUCACCGUCAAGAUCUGAACCCAACUCUUACCCGCUGUCACCUGACAGCACCUGAAACCAUCGUUCUGCAUAACCAACUUUGCCGUCAUCAGUGUUUUCACCCUCAUUCCGUCGACUCUCCUUCUGUUCGCUUGAAUACCGUUCGCUACGCAGCUGGUGGCUUUUAAUUCAGCAUUAGUCGUCUGCUUGCGAUCCGUCAGCCCUUCACCGAACCUCCCACUUCCUCGAUCGUCGGCGCAUCCAAUACAUCGACUGCGAGUCUUCGACAAGAUGGCGGAGUUCGUACGAGCCCAGAUCUUCGGGACCACUUUCGAAAUCACUAGCAGAUACACUGAUCUGCAACCGGUUGGAAUGGGAGCUUUCGGCCUCGUCUGGUACAAUACCAUUCUUUCGAUAAAUCUCGCGCUCCCUCGCUGACGACUGUCAAGUUCUGCAAAAGAUCAAUUGACGGGCCAAUCUGUUGCGGUGAAGAAGAUCAUGAAGCCUUUCUCUACACCAGUUCUCGCAAAACGAACAUACCGAGAGCUCAAGCUUUUGAAGCACCUUCGACAUGAAAAUGUCAUUUCGCUCAGCGAUAUCUUCAUCUCGCCGCUAGAAGACAUCUAUUUCGUGACCGAACUUUUGGGGACUGAUCUUCAUCGGUUACUGACAUCCAGACCUCUGGAAAAGCAAUUCAUCCAGUACUUCCUUUAUCAAAUUCUGCGAGGUUUGAAAUACGUCCAUUCCGCCGGCGUCGUCCAUCGAGACUUGAAACCUAGUAACAUUCUGGUCAACGAGAAUUGCGAUCUGAAGAUUUGUGACUUUGGAUUGGCCAGAAUUCAAGAUCCCCAGAUGACCGGCUACGUCUCUACCCGGUACUACCGAGCUCCUGAAAUCAUGCUUACCUGGCAAAAGUACGAUGUCGAGGUGGACAUCUGGAGUGCCGGCUGUAUCUUCGCGGAAAUGCUUGAAGGCAAACCGCUGUUUCCUGGCAAAGACCAUGUCAACCAAUUCUCCAUCAUCACAGAACUGCUGGGGACUCCUCCGCAAGACGUCAUCGAAACCAUCUGCAGCGAGAACACGCUGAGAUUCGUGCAGUCAUUGCCCAAGAGAGAACGACAGCCUCUCAGCACGAAAUUCAAGAAUGCCGACCCUGCCGCCAUUGACCUUCUUGAGAAGAUGUUGGUCUUUGAUCCCAGAAAACGAGUCUCGGCUGCCCAAGGCUUGGAACAUGAGUACCUCUCUCCUUAUCACGACCCUACCGACGAACCAGUUGCAGACGAAAAGUUCGACUGGUCGUUCAACGACGCUGACCUGCCUGUUGAUACCUGGAAGAUCAUGAUGUACUCCGAAAUUCUGGAUUACCACAACGUUGACAACCCGGACAACGGAGGCAUGUCCAUUGAACAGGCACAAGCUAUGAAUGGGCAGACAGUCCAGCAGUAGCUAUAAGACUUUGUUGUCUACUUGCAGUUGAAGGCAUUUUUGGGCGGGACCAGGUCUUCUAUUCCCACAGUUGUCGUGUCGGGAUGAUUUUCCCGAAGCUCUUGCGUACACGGAUUAAAACAGGGGCAGGGAAGGGAUUCCAAAUCAGGAUGCUGUGUAUGUUCAUUAGCGUCCCUCUAUCAGAGAUCAACCAGCAGUCACGCUCGGGUGCGGGUCGAAGAACAUCAGCCACCACGAGUAAGGCGCAAAAAGACCUUGACUUGACAGUCGAACUCCGAUAACGUAUGCAAUUGAACCACCAAGCCCUUCACGAGUUGGAUCGUUCUGUGAGCAUCCGGACCCGGCGAUGGGUGUCUGCAAUUCGAAGUCAUGCGCGGGUCCUGGAUGGUUUUAUUGGACGGCGCUGGUGUAGUAGAUAGACUUCAUGAGUUAUGUUCUCUCCAACCUGA